AUGGUUGGAGCUUCGACAAAGCAAGUUAUACAGAAGGAAGUUCCUAAACGCUCUCGAGCAUUCAGUACAAGAGCCAAGACGGGUUGCAAAACUUGCAAGGUUCGCCAUGUAAAAUGCGACGAAGGGAGACCCGGAUGUAGGAAAUGUGCCGCAACAGGACGUCAAUGUGACGGCUAUGCUCAUUGCACGCCUAGUCCAAACCCCAAGCCUAGUGCGAUUUCGUCUUCAGUCGUCCCAAAAUCUUCCAGAUGCGCCAUAUAUCAACUACCUACAAUAAUUCCCGACUUCUUGUCUCCAUCGCUAGCUGUCAGUGACCAGGAACAGCAUUCUUUCCACUUUUUCCACAAACAAACUGCGCCUCAGCUAAGCGGUUGUUUUGACUCGAAGUUUUGGAAUUGUUUCGUUCUGCAAGCCUCACAUCGUGAGCCGGCUGUACGACAUGCAGCUAUUGCGCUCGGGUCUCUGCAUGAGAGGUUUGAGUUGGAAGAUGGAUUUAUCUCCAAAGUAAGGGAAGAUGCUGAGGAGAACUCCUUUGCCGUGCGUCAAUAUGUGAAGGCAAUAAACUGUCUGGUGCAACCGAACAUGUCCAAGCAUACAUGUAAGUCGGCAAACGUUGCGUUAACAACCUGCAUACUAUUUAUAUGCUUCGAGACCUUAAGAGGGCAUCACGACUCUGCUCUGGCGCAUAUCGACGGCGGAGUAAAGAUAUUUUCAGAGCUACAAGUCUCCGGACACUCGACUCCUGCUUCACAUGAUUUGCCUGAGGACUACACUCCCGUCUCAAUAUUCCGUAUGCUAUUCGGCAGAUUAGAUACACAAGCCUCGGUUUUAACUUCCAGGGCACGCAUAAUUGACGGCGAAUCUGGCUCUUCACCGAAUUCUAUUCCGGACAGGUUUCUGAACAUUGAACAAGCGCGAGAGGCAAUGGAAUCAAUCUGGACAUAUAGCGCUAGAAAUCUCUUAUCUUGUUCCAUGUAUAAUGGCGUCCCCCUUCCUCUCUCUACCAGCCAGGAAACCAAAUUUCAGUUGUUGGCUCAUCUCGAGAAUUGGAACCGAGCGUUUGAAUCAUUUUCAAGCACGUCAACCGAGCGAGGUGAUAUUGAGAAAGUCAAUUCAAUGGAAAUGAGGGCGAGGGACCUUCUCCGCCUGCACAAAACUAUGACUCAAGUAUUGGUCACGACCUCCACAACACAUUCUGCAAAGUUUAACGAAUCGAGUGAGCUACUUUGGGAUGAUUUUCAUUUGGAAUUCGAGGCAAUGGUAAAUUGGGCAUCCGAGAUUAUCCACCCUCCAAAUAUUCAGAUGAGUUGUCGUAAAGCCGCGAGUUUCACACUAGACAACGAAAUAAUACAGCCCUUGUUCCUAGUAGCCACGAAAUGUCGACAUAGACGGAUAAGAAACAAAGCUAUCCUGUUACUAAACCAGGCUGAUAGGCAGGAAGGUCUCUGGAACAGUUUGUUGACUGCAAAAGUGGCCGAGAGAAUCCGAGAAAUUGAGGAAAGUGGACUGGGCGAAAUGAUAGCAAUAGUCCCAGAGUCAAAUCGUCUACGAAACAUCGAUAUGAAAUUCGAAUUUGAAGGUUAUAAUGGAAGAAGAGCGUGGCUUGGAUAUAGGACUUUCUCUACCUAUGAGAGCGGCGAAUGGAUUCAAAUCCAUGAACGCAAUACCCCGCCUGAGACUUUCAGAACACCGAGCGUAUCGACAGAUUCGUCUUUUCAGGUUCAUGAUAUUAACAAUAUUGGGAGAAACAGGGAACACUCCUUCGAUUCAGCAUGGAGAGUUGGUAUCAAAUCAGAAUCGUCAUAA